AUGCUGUGCUGGGAAGGAGCGAGCGACUACGAUGGUGCCGGUUCGCAGGCGUUGCAUGCCAACACGUUCAUGCAUUCGAGCCGGAAGUCCAGCGUACCACUGCCCUGGAGCUCGACGACACACGCGACCCACAACAUGGAGCAAAUCUCGGGUCCACCGGCGAAGACGGGAACCUUCUACCAGACACCACGUUCGCACCCGUGGAGACCUACGAUGGGUUACGAGGCAGUUGAGGUGACGCCUCUGCAUGAGCAACCCAUCACGAACCAGCUGGUGGCGUCAUCCUACUCACCCUCGGGUAUGUGUGCAGAUCCGGUUACCUUCCCGAACCUGGUAACUGGAUUUGAGCGGAAUCCACAACAUGCGGCUCGAGCUGCCCUGUACACGCGCUAUACCCCGAACGAGUGGACGACGUCGAACGUCUGCACGUACGCGGAUGCGGACAAGAACCGCAACUACUCCGAGAAAGUACGCUCCGAGGCGGUCCGGUUGAUGCGCGAGACGGAUGAGAAGACGUCCCAGGGUCAGCGAGAUGCGGCACGGCGUAUUGGGGAGCGCAUCACUGACAUCACGUUCUGGCGCAAUGAGCUGACGACUGAGCUGGAGAAGCUGAUUGCGGAGUCGGCUCAGCUGACUGACACCAAGCGGAAUGUGCAGAAGGCGCUGCAGGAUCUGGAACCGCCGCUGCACAUUGCUCAGGAGUGUUUGUACCAUCGGGAGUCUAGGAAGGGGAUCGAGUUGGUGCAUGAUCAUGUUGAGAAGAGCUUGCUGGUGGAGGUGGAUAACUUGCGUGCGAGUCAGGAGAAGCUGUCGCAGCUGUUGGCGAAGAUCACGAAGCAGUUGGCGGACUGCCGAGCUGCGCAGCAUUCGCUGGAGGAUGACAUCAGCCAUAAGGAGUCGGCCCUUGGGAUCGAUUCCAUCUGCCAUCAGCUCAACAACUACAGUCGAGGCAUUAACUACUACGGUGGCAUCGAGAAGUAUGACCCGACCGUCAGUACACCAGGAACCUGGUCCGGUUCGAGCAGCACCCGGAUCAACAACUCGCACUCGGAACGCUCGAAAUCCUGCCAGCUACGUAGUGAUGCCGAAUCGCUGAUCAACGCCGUCGCCACGUCCGUGUGGGAUUGCUGGAGUAACACGAACAACGCGUUCAACAACCGCGCCUCGGAGAUGCUGGAGGCGAAGAGCAAGAUGCAGCUGCAUCUGCACAAGACCCAGCAGGAGAUAUUUGACGUUGAGAAGCACAUCGAGCUGCUGCGUAAAGCGAUUAACGACAAAUCAAACCCGAUGAAGGUGGCCCAGACGCGUCUGGAGGCGCGAGCACACCGCCCGGGUAUCGAGAUGUGUCGCGACAACGCUCACCUGCGCCUGGUGGAGGAGGUGUGCACGAUCCAGGAUUCGGUCGCGACACUACACCGCAAGCUGCAGGAGGCCGAGGCACAGCACCAACAGCUGCUCCGCACGAAGUCACAGCUCGAGAGCAACCUGAAGCAGAAGGUGGACGCGCUGUUCAUCGAUCGGGAGAAAUGCAUGGGACUGAGGCGUUCCUUCCCGGUUAACAACACCAUUAAAUAUUGA